AUGAUCCGCGAUUUAGAGCUCUCACGCGCGGACCGCGAGAUGCUGCACGUGCUGCGCCGCUUCCGCUGGCAGCGCGAGGAGCUGGCGCUGCAGGUGCCGCGGAGGGAGAGGAAAGUGGCGUUCAUGUUCCUCACUAAGGGAGCCGUGCCUCUCGCUCCGCUCUGGGAGCGGUUCUUCAAGGUACGUGGUGUUGAGUCGAGGCAGGCUCGAGACAGAGUAACGCCAGGGUUGCUCUCUUAUGCCACCUCCCCCACGUGCCACCUCCCCCACGUGCCACCUCCCCCACGUGCCACCUCCCCCACGUGCCACCUCCCCCACGUGCUACCUCCCCCACGUGCUACCUCCCCCACGUGCUACCUCCCCCACAUGCCACCUCCCCCGCAUGCCACCUCCCCCAGAUGCCACUUCCUCCACAUGCCACUUCCUCCACAUGCCACUUCCUCCACAUGCCACUUCCCCCACAUACCACCUCCUCCAAAUGCCACCUCCCCACCACAUACCACCUCCCCCACAUGCCACCUGCAGGGUCACGAGGGGCGGUACUCCAUCUACGUGCAUGCCUCCCCUGACUACACCUUCCCCAAAAACGCCUCCACUCUCUUCAGCAACAACACCAUCCGCAGUGGGGUGGGGGCUGCCCACCAUGGUGGAUGCAGAGAGGCGCCUCAUGGGUCAGCUCAAACCCCCCCCUCCUCUACUUGCUCUCCCCUCCUUCCUUACUGCCUCCCCCAGGUGGGGUGGGGGCUGCCCACCAUGGUGGAUGCAGAGAGGCGCCUCAUGGCUGCUGCACUUGCCGAUCCCGCCAACCACCGCUUCGUGCUGCUCUCAGAAUCCUGCAUACCCGUGAAGAGCUUCAACUACAUCUGGGACUACCUGAUGGGCACUCGCUACAGCUUCGUCUCCAGCUUCUUCAUUGACCGUCCCGUGUGCUCUGGCCGUUACGACAAGCACAUGCAGCCCAAGAUCACGCUCAGCCAGUGGCGCAAGGGGUCGCAGUGGUUUGCAGCCACGAGGAGGCAUGUGAACAUCAUCAUCGAUGACGACACCAUUCAUGCGCUCUUCCAAAAGUACUGCCGGGGCGACAAGUGGCAUCACCACUGUUACGCGGACGAGCACUACAUUCCAACCCUUCUCAAUAUAAAGGAGCCUGGUCGCGUGGCCAACCGCACCAUAACCUAUGUGGACUUCCCUCCCCUGCAGCAGCACCCCACGUCCUUCCUUCCGCCCAACAUCACAGAGGACCUCUUUCAGAACAUCACGGAGCCCCUGGAUUACAGUCUCAUCAAUGUGGUUGAGCAUCGAGAAAAGACUCCUCAGAGU